CCGGAUCCCUGUGUGUUAGGAAGGUUUUAUUCAGCUCCCCGUCUGAUGCAGGUUUGACUGGGCACUAAAAAUAUAUUUAAAUUUUAAAAGGGAUCACCUCUCAUCUAGGCAUCAUGUCUAAUACUCAGACAGGGAUGGCAUCUGUUGCUCCACCACAGACUUUUAAAAAACGACGGGACUCUACACUGGCAGAGAAAGUAAAGAUCCUGGAACUUUUACAGCAACCCAAAGCUUCUCAAUCAUCUGUAGCUAGAAAUAUGGGACUUUCUCAAUCAACUAUCAGCCGUGUAAUGAAAAAGAGGGAUGAGAUCUUAGAAAGAUGGAAUCAAAAUGAGAACCCCAGCAGGAAACGAAAUCGGCCUUUCAAACAUGCCAAGGUAGAUGAGGCAUUACUUGAGUGGCUUCUGUUUGCCAAGGCUAAUAAGCUACCAAUUUCUGGCCCAAUACUUAUGAGGCGAGCUGAGGCAAUUGCCAAAGAGAUUGGAUGUCCCCAAUUUAAACCUUCCAAUGGGUGGUUGUGGAGGUGGAAAGAACGAUAUCGCCUAUUUUACAGGGGUUAUUCAGACAGAACUGAAGGUUUACCAACUGAUAAAAGAAACAAUGGAAUAAUACAUACACAGAACUUCAAGAUACAUCCAGAUGUUACACAAAUGGCAAGAAGAGAGCCCAAUAAGUCCACAGUAAAUGAGUUUCUUGGCCACACAAGGAUGACAGAAGAAAGGUCUAGAAGGAGAGAAGGUACUGAGAUGCUCAUCAAAUCAAACUUCUAUAAUCAAGUUUCUCAAAAAGACAAUUGGAACAGGUCUUUGUUGCUAACCCAGGCUUCCAAAAACUAUCACCCUAAUGACAUAUUCUGUGCAAUUGGGGCACCUUUUCAGUUUAGAAUAAUAGGUGACCAAAGUGAAUCCCCAGGACAUCAUAAGGAGGCUGUUUUUAUUUGGCUGUGUUGUAACGUGAAUGGAUCAGAAAAACUUAAAAUGAUGGUUGCUCACAGUCUUUCUCCAAAAUCUCUGGGAAUGCAUAGUCUUUCUCCUGUGUCUCUAAAGACAGCUGAAAAUGGAUAUUUAACAGAGGACAUCUUCACUGAAUGGCUUCUAAAUUGGGAUGUAAAACUUACUAGACAAGAAAGAAAAGUUCUGCUAGCUUUUACGGCGCAUAGCUUUGUACCAAAAGUUAAACUCCGGAGUAUUUCAUUGUGUAUUUUCUCCAAAGACAAUAUGUCUUCCAAUCAGUUAUUUGGACAAGAGGUACUAAAUGAAUUUUUCACAUUAUACAGAGAAUUGCUUUUUGAAAGACUACAAGAAGAUUGUGACUUCAAUAAAGGGAAUGGGCUGCUAGACCUUAAGCAGCUUUCUACAAUGACACUGGUUGAGGCAAGUUACACUAUGAACAAGGCAUGGCUGAGAGUUACAACCCGCACUAUAAAGUCUUGUUUCCAAAUAUCAGAUGGUGAACCUGUUAUUUUAUGCAAAAAUAUGAUGAUGAACAUGACACCUAAUGAAGAGGUAAUGCCCUUUAUGGUUCACAGAGAUGUGAAAAAUGUUCUCUCUUCUACUCCAUAUAGUACAAGUUUGGGGCCAUAUAAAAAGAUUUACAUAAAGGAGAAAAGUGAUGUUGAACAGGAGUAUGGUUUAGAAGUCACAAACUCCGACCCCUCAGAUUCUAUCCAGGAGGUGACAAUUUGCUCCUUAGCUAGUGAGGAGGAACCAGUCAUACAAUCUCCGGUGUGCCUUUCAAUCCAGACACAGUCUAAAGUCUCAAAGAUAUACAAAAUGCCUAAAGAUACUGAACAUAUACCAGUGGUAGAAGUAAAGUCUGAAAACCUAAAAGAAUUAAGUCAUGUACAAGAACUCAGAGCAGCUUGUGAUGUAAUCCAACAGUUCUUAUCUACUGAAGGGCAAGACAUGAGCACUUUCUUUGCACUACAGAAGCAACUGGAUAAAUGUUUGUAUAAUCAAAAUAAGGAACAACAACAUGCUUACUUGCUACAGAAAUGAAGUCAAGAAUUUUUUAACAAGUCACUAUUGUUAAAUUGUCAAUUUCUCUAUUUGUGCAUUACAAUGUGCUAAGAGCCAUUCUGACAGUUCUUGUUUGUCCAGUUUUUAAUUUUAGCUUGUUGUAUAAACCUACAGAAUACUGGAUGGAUUUGAGAAAAGUGAACUGGUGAUAGGAUACCGAUUUAAGGACGAGAGAAUGUUCUUCUUGGUGUUCAUUUCAAAUUUCAAAUGUUUCUAUAGAAUGAAUAUGAACUUUGAAUACUGAAUGUUAUCAUUAAAUAUUGAAUGCUAACAUUUAAA